AUGGCCUUACAGAAGGAUCCAGAGAAUAGCUGGGAGGAGAACUACCCCAAGAACAAAAUGAAGGAGCAGAAGUGUAGCCCAAAGGAAGAGGAUGAGAAGAUGGAGAAUACAGAGGUGAAUGAUGACUAUGAUGAUGAUUUGUAUGAGGAAGAGGAGGAAGAUGAGGAUGAAGGUGACCAGGAUGAGGUAGAGAAUGAGGAUGAAGGCACAGCAGGCCCCUGUGUGCCAGCUGAGCAGCUGAAUCAGUGCCCUGAGUGUGGGCAGAGCUUCUCAGCUGUCUCAGAGUUGAUGAAGCAUCACUGCCCCCACCCUGGCACCCGGCUCUUCAUCUGUGGUGACUGUGGCAAGAGCUUCAAACACAGCUCAACCCUCACCAUCCACCGCCGCAUCCACACCGGAGAGAAUCUGUUCCCCUGUGCUGAGUGCGGCAAGAGCUUCACCACGAGCACUUCAUUCAUCCGGCACCAACUCACCCACAGCGGUGACAAACCCUACAGCUGUGCCCAGUGCGGCAAGAGCUUCACCUGCAGCUCCUCUCUCACCGAGCACCGUCGUGUGCACAGUGGUGAGAAGCCUUUCACCUGUGCUGACUGUGGCAAGAGCUUCAAACACAGCUCAACCCUCACUGUCCACCGCCGCAUCCACACGGGACAGAAGCUGUUCCCCUGUGCUGAGUGCGGCAAGAGCUUUACCAGGAGCACUAGACUCAUCCAGCACCAACUUAUCCACAGCAGUGACAAACAGUACAGCUGUUCCACCUGUGGGAAAAGUUUCAGCAGCAGCUCCACCCUCACCAUGCACUCUCGUGUGCACACUCGUGAGAAGUCUUUCACCUGUGCUGACUGUGGCAAGAGCUUCAAACACAGCUCUACCCUCACCGUCCACCGCCGCAUCCACACCGGAGAGAAGCUGUUCCCCUGUGCUGAGUGCGGCAAGAGCUUCACCACGAGCACUUUAUUCAUCCGGCACCAACUCAUCCACAGUAGUGACAAACCCUACAGCUGUGCCCUCUGUGGCAAGAGCUUCGCACAGAGCUCUUACCUCACCAAGCACCGUCGUGUGCACACUGGUGAGAAGCCUUUCACCUGUGCUGACUGUGGCAAGAGCUUCAUCAGCAGCUAUCAAUUCACUCGGCACCGUUGUGUGCACACUGGGGAGAAGCCUUUCACCUGUGCUGACUGUGGCAAGAGCUUCAGCAGCAGGUCCUAUUUCACCCGGCACCGUCGUGUGCACACUGGUGAGAAGCCUUUCACCUGUGCUGACUGUGGCAAGAGCUUCAGCAGCAGGUCUUAUUUCACCCAGCACUGUCAUUUGCACACUGGUGAGAAGCCUUUCACCUGUGCUGACUGCAGCAAGAGCUUCCUCAGCAGCUAUCAUUUCACCCGGCACCGUCGUGUGCACACUGGGGAGAAGCCUUUCACCUGUGCUGACUGUGGCAAGAGCUUCACCUGUAGGUACAACCUCACUCAACACUGUCGUGUGCACACUGGUGAUAAACCUUUCACCUGUAAUGACUGCGGCAAGAGCUUCACCUGUAAGUCCAACCUCACCCAGCACCGUCGUGUACACACUGGUGAGAAGCCUUUCACCUGUGCUGACUGUGGAAAGAGCUUCACCUGCAGCUCCGACCUCUCCCGGCACCGUCGUGUGCACACUGGAGAGAAGCCUUUCACCUGUGCUGACUGUGGAAAGAGCUUCACCUGCAGCUCCGACCUCUGCCGGCACCGUCGUGUGCACACUGGAGAGAAGCCUUUCACCUGUGCUGACUGCGGCAAGAGCUUCACCCACACGUCCAUUCUCAAAAAGCAUCGCCGCAGCCACACCAGUGAGCAGCCCAAACUGCAGGGGAGGCACAAAUAG